CAUAUUGUACUAAACGAUCCACACAACUAUAGAGUAAACAGAGCUUGAACUAUUUACUGCACUGAAUAGAAUCCUGGACUCUGGAUAAAGACAUCUUAAUUCCAAAAUCUGCUGGCUUUCCUGUAAAGAGAUGUUAAAGUAAACAGAACAAUGCCAGAGGAAGAGGAAUACUGCAGGGAGAAGAUCCAGAGGAACAGAGAGUAUUAAGCCUAAUCAGAGAAGCUAGGGUUUGGGAGAGCAGACCAUGAAGCCUUGCAAGAAGGUGCUGUCAUUCGUGCACAGUCUCUCCCGCAGGAAGCCCCUGACUGCAGACGGAGAGACCAACCUCUGCCGCUGUCUGACCACCAUUGACCUGGUGGCCCUGGGGGUGGGCAGCACACUGGGAGCCGGAGUCUACGUGCUGUCAGGAGAGGUGGCGAGGGCGACUGCAGGGCCCAGCAUUAUCAUCUGCUUUCUGGUCGCAGCCAUCGCCUCCAUCUUCGCCGGGUUAUGCUACGCAGAGUUUGGCUCCAGAGUACCCAAGACGGGGUCGGCUUAUUUGUACAGCUAUGUGACUGUUGGGGAAUUGUGGGCAUUCAUCACAGGAUGGAAUUUAAUACUUUCUUAUGUCAUAGGAACUUCAAGCGUUGCAAGAGCGUGGAGUGGCACUUUUGAUGACCUGCUUGGCAAUCAGAUGGCUCGUUUUCUUGUCGAACACACUGGAAUGGGGUUGCCAGGUUUGGCUCCCUAUCCAGACUUCUUUGCCGCUGGUCUCAUCAUGCUGCUAGCAGGUCUCCUUGCAUUUGGAGUGAAGGAGUCGGCGAUUGUGAACAAAGUCUUCACAGUGAUCAACAUCCUGGUCCUAGUGUUUGUUAUUAUCAGUGGGUUCAUCAAAGGAGAUCUCAAGAACUGGCAAAUUGGUGAAGACAGCCUUCUGAACGCCACAAUAGAGGCCAGGAACCUGUCCUCCACUGUCAAUGUCACCAGUGCGUUUGGUGUGGGAGGUUUUUUCCCAUAUGGUUUCGAAGGUACUCUGGCUGGAGCCGCUACCUGUUUCUACGCUUUUGUCGGGUUCGACUGCAUUGCCACAACAGGGGAAGAGGUGAUUAACCCCCAGAAGUCCAUCCCUAUUGGGAUUGUCGCCUCCCUGGUAAUCUGCUUCCUGGCUUACUUUGGCGUCUCGGCCUCACUGACCCUCAUGCAACCGUAUUACCUGCUCAGCACGAACAGCCCGCUGCCUGUAGCCUUCGACUAUAUCGGAUGGGGUCCGGCUAAGUAUGUGGUGGCUGUGGGCUCUCUCUGUGCCCUGUCCACAAGCCUGCUGGGGUCCAUGUUCCCGAUGCCCAGGGUUCUCUUUGCCAUGGCCAGGGAUGGAUUACUCUUCAAAGCCUUGGCUAGAGUCAGUUUACGCCAGAGUCCAGUUAUAGCAACUCUCUCAUCUGGAACAGUAGCUGCUAUCAUGGCUCUCCUGUUUGACCUAAAGGCCCUGGUCGAUAUCAUGUCCAUUGGAACUCUCUUUGCAUAUACAUUGGUGGCCAUUUGUGUCCUAAUCCUCAGGUACCAGCCUGAUUUCAGUAAAGAUGAUCCAGAUGAUCUGAAGAAAGAAGGGGGUGGGUCCAAACUUUGGUUCUUAAACCCCCCUCCAUACCCAACUCAUAAGACAUCCACCCUGGUGUCUUACUUGACAGUACUGAUAGCUGUCCUAAUCACUGGCCUGAGCGUGGUGCUGACAAAGGCAAUAAAGUCCCUACUGGAUAAGGAAGUGUGGAGCAUCAUCUUUGUGACCGUUGUUCUUCUGCUACUCGUCCUCUGCGUCAUAAUCAUCUGGAGACAGCCCCAGAGCCCGGUCAAAGCCUCCUUCAUGGUCCCCUUCCUGCCGCUGCUUCCUGUUGUGAGCGUCUUUGUGAAUGUGUAUCUGAUGGUGCAGCUCGGAGGUGACACGUGGAUUCGAUAUGCUGUCUGGAUGGCGAUAGGAUUCCUCAUUUAUUUCGGCUAUGGGAUUCGUCAUAGUGAGUAUAGAACAAAGCUUCCCCCAGUCCAGGACCGGGUCAAGAUUGACACAAUCGCAUUGGACGGAGACGUAAUCAAACAGCAUCGCUUCUGAACAUGAGAGAUCUGAAGGAAUUGAAUCAGAGGAGUCGUAAUCAUACAGCAUCGCUUCUGAACAUGAGAGAUCUGAAGGAAUUGAAUCAGAGGAGACGUUAUGAAACAGCAUCGCUUCUGAACAUGAGAGAUCCAGAGCGAAUGGAAUCAGAGACAAAUUAGAGACUGUCCCUUUAAAAGAAAUAAUGGCAUUCUGCAAUUGCUAAGUGCCAAGUAAAAAUCUUAGCACAGGUAGAGGUAAACUAAAAACACCUUAAAGGGGAAGCAGUUGUGAGCUCUCCACAUUUGUAGGCCACAGUUUAGUCCAGUAUCAAGCACCCCAGCAGGCUGCGAAGGACUUGUUCCUCCUUUCAGCUUGUCUGGCCUAUGGUUGCAGUGUUAUAUAAAACACAGCAUGUAUUCAUAUCACAGGGAAUGCACAGAGCUGAGUUCAGAUCACACUGGUAAACAACAAGACCUCAGUGAAGAAAAUCUUUGUACCAGGCCUUUAGUACCAAGGGAUAUUUAUAAACCUAUUAAGACACUAAAAUGUUUUACUAGUUAUGUGUAUUAUAUUAAUUCAGAAUAAUGUGGGGCAUUCCUACAAAAACCAAACCAAACACUGUGGUCUCUUACUUUUAAAGGCAGUAUUAUAAAACCAAGCAUUUGUUUUUGCACAGAUGGUGAAUGUGGUACAUUUAGAGCAGAGAUGUUUUACAGCUUGUGUUAAACAACCUAGAGGGUUAGUUAACAGGACGGUGAAAAUGAAUGGAGGCAGAAAGACAGAUUUCAAUGGAAUACUUGACAAUCCUCAGUGUGGGACCACAGCCCAUACAAACCCAUGAUAUUCUCUUUUAAAAGACUGAUACAAUUAAGCAUGGUACCGUUUUCAAGUAUCUCAGCUAGAGCCUGGGGAGAGGUGACCCAAUCUUGAACACAUAAUAUCAGGCCGGUAGGGUACUAGCCUCUACAGAAUAACACAGGAGAAUCAGGUGAACUAUUUGUGGAUAGUUACAGUGAAAGAAUAAUAAACCACUUACCUGGAGAACAGAAGUGCUGCUCAUACCAGCAUUGCAUAUGCCUGUAUAGCUUUUACAUACUGCAUUAAGUGAUCUGGGUUCCAUUGCAACAUACUGUACUGCAUUCUUCUUAAUCCAGGGCAUUCUAGCAGGGAUUCUAAAGGCAUAUUUAUCAUUGAGAUGUGAUACUGUAGGUAUUCUGUUGUCCUUUAUGAUUAAUAGUGCUGCAAUCAGAGGCAUGCAGUGAGGCAUCAUGAGGUCCCAAAGACCCCACAUUAAAAUUGUGAACCCCAUUAUUAGUGCAGUUUAUAACAAGCGAUCUAAUGCCUUAAUAAUAAAUAAUAUAUUAGCAUAUGAGAUGUGUGACAGAGUGGAUACAGGUGCAGGAGUGAUGCAGUGCAUGAAUGAAGCAGACAGAGAAUUGUAAUCCGGUUUGGAAAAGGUUUUAUUUAUAAUUUCCAGGUCUGGCGACCAAACAGUAAUCCCCUGGCAGUACACAACAAUGUGUACCGCACGUGGUAUAUAACAAGGGGAUUGCAGUCCCAAAUAAUAAACAAUAAUAUCCGCCCGCAAUAAUCCAGACACGGUCACCAGUCCUGGGUGCGUGCAGUAGUGCUCGUGGUGGGUCAUACAAGUUUAUUGUCGUGACAAUGGUGAAGUGAUGUUCCGGUUUAGUGCUGGAACCUUGGGGACAGCUCCGGAACUGUGUUAGCUGUCUAGUAACGUACAAGACAAGACAAUUACAAACAAACAAAACACAACACUCACCAUACACCUUUUGCAAUACAGGUCUCUCACAGUCCUUCUCGGUUCUAGCAAUUCAAACCAAAUGCGAAGGAACAGAUUACAGUUCUCCGUCCCCUUUUAUGCUGGCACACAUGACCCCUUGGUAAACGAGUGCACGGGCGGCGACCACACAUUCCAAACAUCCAUGCAACACUAUUGGUUGGAACUGUUAAAUGUAAAACAUGUAAAAUGUAGUAUAUACUUAAUGUAACUAAUGUAAUCUAACUAAAUUCAAAUGAAAAGUGCUCACAGUAUUUGUAUUCCAAUCAUGUAAAAUUAAUAAUGUAUCUGUGUAACUCAAUAUAUGAAUUUCGUUUUGGAUGUCCUUGCUUACAGGGCAUUCAAUAUCUGUUUCUUCUUUUGUUUAAUACACUGUGUGUAUUCUGGCACUGCUGCAUGUGUUGCAUUGUACAUUACAGGGCAUUACAUUGAAAGCAUCAACGUUCGUGCAGUUAACACAUUUGACCUGAGGUGGCACUGUGUGCUAUGUAAAACCGAAAACCAUUAAAGUGUAAAAGAGGAAUACUAUCAAUCACAAUAUUCCGUUUUUAUUGACUGCCCCUAGAAACAUUAGUAGCAUCAGGGUUAAAAAUGACAAAUCCAAUAAUUAUCUAAAGUCGUGUUUUAUAUGCAGAGUUAGAAAAAUAUACCAGCAGACUGCAUACUGUUUAGAUGUGAAUAGCACACUUCUCUUUCAGAAAUGAAAAGGUUAUAUUUUUAUAACACUGUUAAAAGGACACAAAUUCUUUAGCCAAGGAAAGCACCGGUACAGGCAAACACAAGCUCAGAUUGAAAUUACUUCCAUGCUGAGGUUCAGGGGUGCAGACAAUGUGCUCAUUCACAGGUCCUUACCUCAGUCUUCUUAAUCACAGCUCAGCCCAGUUAAUCCAAAGGAAUUCAGUGCAAAGCACAAACAGAACUGACUCAAGCAGCAGCACAGUCAAACCCUUAUGCUAUGGAACAUAUAGGGUAACGGCAACACGUUUCCAGUCACUGAUUAUCCAUGUUACAUAAUGAUCACAGUCACAUUUUACUGUGACAGAUAAUGCAUUGAGUCUCUAUAUAGAAAUGCAAAACUGGUUUACUCCUACAUUUUUUUUUUGUUCCUGAACAAUGUGUAGUAAAUAGUUUUGCGAAAUGAAUCUUUUUAAUGACACUGACACUGUACUGUGCUGUAUAUCUAUUGCAGCGCUGAUGUGCAAAAGACUCAUAGAUUGCAUGUGCUGUUCCGAUGCACUCGACCUUGAUUCUUAUCUAAAGUCCUGCAAUCUUAAUUCACAAGCAGUGAAUCACACCUACUUCAUACUAGUAGACAGUGCAAACCUAGAUACUAUAGGUAAUGUGAUGCCAUCGCUCAGCUGACUGAAGCAACCUCCUCUCUCUCCUCCCAGCUCGUUUCCUCUGCAAUUCACAGGCUUGAAUGGUCUCAUUGACUGGAGCCAGAGGAAUGUGGUGUUUGUGGCACGCUGCUGUGAAAAUGAAUUUGGUUUAAACUGGAACACAGCAAAGUGUUUGGGUUUUUCCUCUCUACCCUGUCUCCUAAAGAUCUGUGGGCUGCUGUGUAGUUGUGUCAUCUUUCACAGCAGUUCUAAGUUAACUUUUGAACGCAGUGAUCCUCUUGAGGAGGCAAACAGUGGCAGUGAGUGAAACUAGUGUGCAGUAAACCGCUCACUCAGCCAUGAGGGUCAGGCUGCUUUUCAUCCUGGUGGUUGCUACAGUUUUCCUGCUGGACUUUGGUGAGUUCUGCUUGUUAACCAUGCACACAUAUGUAUGCAAUGCAAUUGUAUUAUAUUGUUUUGCUUUUUGGAAGAGCAACAUGCUUUGCUGCAUUUAAUGUUUGCUUGCUGCAUAGAUUUAAAUAAACUUUUCAAGUUGU